UUUUGGUGAUGUGACAGGACUGACUGCGGUGAAUUAAACCUGUUUCUUGUUUUAAUUGUUUUUAGGGAAUUUAGAGGAAAGCAUAACACUGCAGCAGCAAUGUCGGCUACAGUGUUUAAAGAAUUUCAGGAAGAUGCUACAUAUGCACCUUUUCUGGAGGAGGACUUCGAUGUCCAGAGCCAUACUAGCCAGAUGGUUCAGGGGGUUGUCAUUGCCGAGCAGCUGAAUAAACUUACUCUUGGAAUCAACCGCUUAGAACGGGAGAUAGAGAGCCAGGUUGGGAGCCACUACGAAGACCUUUUGUCACAGGCUACCGGAGUCGAGACACUAGAAGAUGUUCUGAAUACGAUGCACACCAGAAUCCAGACACUUCUGGCUGGAGUGGAGAGGCUGAGAGUGCGAGUUGUGGAUCCGUACCAGAGAGUGGAGAAGCACACACUCAUUCUGGGCAGACUUCAGGCCACCUGUGAGCUCCUGAGAAGAGUCAUUCGCUGUCUCAUGUUGUCGCAGAGGCUACAGCAGCAACUUGCCAAUGGACCUCGAGAUAUAACAAAGGCGGCAAGCAGUCUGAGUGAACUAGACCACCUGGGUCGUGAUGUGGAUCUAACAGGGCUGGAGGUUCUGGAAAGGGAUCAGAGACUAGUGCGGCAGGCUCGCUCUGAUGUGGAGAAGCAGGCAGUGGCGAUGAUGGACCGUGGCAUGGAGGCGCAAAACCAAACUCAGGUUGCAACAGCUCUUCAGGUAUUCCACAACUUAGGCAUUCUCGUUCCAAGUGUGGAGAAGGUGCUAGAAUCCCUGAUCACUCGCCUCAACAAUAGUGUGUCCCUUUCGCUCGACGUCAAUGCACUCAUUCAGAUGAAUCAGGAUACAAAGAAAGCUGGUCCCGGGAAAGCUAUCAUGCCUGCGCCAGGACAGUCUGCGCAGUUUAGAGCCUCUCUGUGGUCAAACCUGGAGAAGUUGAUGGAUGAUAUAUACCAUGUGUGCGUUCAGACGUCACAUCUUCACAAGGUCUUAGCAAAGAAAAGGGAUCCUGUGACCCACGUCUGCUUUCUGGAUGAGGUGCAGCGUCACAGCAACAGCGACUUGUUCACGCGGGUGUGGAGGAACAUCACCCGCAUCUUGACGGAAGAGUUUGCAAAAGCUGCUCAGGAUUCUCCGUUCAUCCGCCAAGCACUGGAGGUGGACUACCCCAAGCUGGUCCGCCUGUAUGGGGAUUUGUGGCGCAGGCUGGAGGGCAUCAGCCUGGAGAUGAGGCACGCGUCCACAGACAUUUCUGCUUCCGGAGUAGAUGGGGACGUGGGGGAAGAGGACGAAGUAGAUAAAGGAGACAAGAAGAUUGAGGAGUUUGAUCCAGAACAAGCUCUUCGACAUACCUUGGUGCCCCUAGAGAAAGCCUACCUCUCCAGAUCUCUUUCUCGCCUCUUUGAUCCUGUCAACCUUAUGUUCGCUGCCCAAGAUGCCCCCCCUGCUAAGGAUGAGGUUGAUGCCUUGAUAAAAACUAUUACAAGCGAGCUGAACAUUUCUGCAGUUGACAAAUCCCUGAGUGAGACUGUGGCAAGAAAUGUUGUAAAGACACUACAACUUUUCUGUACUAAAUGUAAGCAGUUGUUGGUCACAGAUGGGGAAGCUAGUCAAGUUAUUGGUACCCCAACUGCUGGUCAGGCCUUGAACGGAGCUGUGGUGAACCAGCUGCUCUAUGUCAGAAGUCAAAUAGAACGCACAGCCUCAGCCACACUGGCCCAUCUGCCACAGCCUGUCACCAAUACCCUCCUGCAGGCUCUUCCACCCAUAGAUGCUCUCAUGGCAUCUGCAGUGCAGCCUCUCUUCCUCUCCAUUACACAAGCAGUGGAAGCCAUCAUUCUAACAAUGCAUAAUGAGGACUUUUCUGGAGGGGAUACAGGUGGCAGUGACUCCCAGUGUUCACUCUACAUGAAAGAGCUCCAGGGAUUUAUCAACCGAGUAGCAACAGAUUAUGUUGCUAUUUACCAGCCGUCAGUAAUUAUAAAGGAAAAUGUGCAUAUGCUAGCAUGCAGAUGCCUAGAAUUGUUUGUACGUCACACUAGUCUCUUGCGUCCAAUAGGAGAUGGUGGAAAACUGCGACUGGCAGCAGACUUUGCCCAGAUGGAACUGGCCAUCAACCCCCUGUGCGGCCGUCCAUCAGAGCUGGGCAAGCCAUACCGCAUCGUGAGGACCUUCCGACCACUGCUGUUCCAGACGACAGACCACAUCAGCACUUCGCCCAGCAUUGGAGAUGUCAUUCCCUACUCAGUCAUUCUGCACUUCCUGUUUGCCAAGGCUCCUCCGGAACUUCGCUCUCCGCAUCAGACUGCAGGAUGGUCAGUCAGCAGGUAUAGCAACUGGCUGGAUGAGCAUCGUGACGAGCGCGAGAGAUUGCAGCUUGUGAGAGGUGCCCUGGAGGCGUACGUUGCCAAUGUCAGAUCGCGUAACCUCACACAGUUUGCCCCAGUGUAUCCGGUCAUGCUCAAGCUCUUGGAGAGAGGAAUGAGUGCACAUGGAAUGUCAAGUGCUUCUUAAGACAUCAUGAAGGUGUUUGGAAUUUGGGGCUAUAGGUUUUCUGAUCUAUAUACAUUAUAUAUUUUAUAUUUGCCUUUAGUAUGGGCAUGUGUUUUGUCUCUGUAAAGCUUAUGAAGGCUUUAUGCUGAAUGAACAUGUGUAUUUUAAUUUAUUGUUAUAUUUUUUUCUUAUUGUACAGUCUCCUAGACCUCAAGCAAUGGUUUUGAUUGUUAAUUGCUUUUGAGUGAUUGCACAAUGCAGGUAUUCGAGUCUUGUAUCUAAAUUAUUUUGUUAUGAAGUUAGAGAGAUUAAAAUAUGAUGAAGCAUGGCAUUAUCUCUAACCACCAUUUGAGCUCCAGUUGAUGAAUAUUGUGUGAUGAAGUUAUAAGCAAUUUGUUUAGAAAAGAGUGCAAUGGUACUUACUGAAAACUUUGGACUCCUCUUUCUGGAAAAAUAUCAAUAAUAAUUUAAAUUUGUCAUGGAAAUAGUCAAGUUUGACCAGGUGCCAUAGUAGUUUGUAUAUAUCUCAACCAUUCUGAUCUACAAUGUCAUAUGAUAAAAAAAAAGACCAGCACCAUUGAAAUAGAAAGUAUUUUCAUUUGCCAACAUUCAGAUGUGAACGAUUAAGAAAGUCUGAAAUUUAUAGGGGAAAGGAAUAGAAGGGUGAAAAUCAGGUGUUAGCUCAAGAAAAAAGAAAGAAAAAAAAGUUCCUGUGCAUUAUGAAUUUGGUGUACUAGUUUCUUAUUUCAGUUAUAGCUUACAUAGUUUCAACACAUCUUCCAGCAGUAUUGACAGACUUUCCAGACAUAGCUUGGUAUGGCAGCCCAGCAAAUAUAUUGAUAGGUUUGAAAGAUAGUUGAACAGAGCAUACCUUAUGUGCAUACAUGUAAGGACAAAUAAUAACACACAAGAAAGGAAAAUGUACAUUUAUUAGUGGAAAUUUCUCCUGCUGAUACCAACAAUACCUCCACUGCCUGCUCAUUCGCUGUCGACUCCUUUAUUACAAACUCGUUUUCUUAUUUUUCCAGGUCCCGUUGCACAAGAAGAUAUUACCUAGCAUAUGAUUUUUUUUAUAUUUUUAUAUAUAUUUUUUUUAGUGGGGGAAAAGACAUGAUAAUACAACUGCCUCUAUGUCAGUACACUUAUCCACUUUACCAUAGUUACCCUAUUAAGGAGCAUACUUACAAUACUUUCAUACUUAAAACAUUAGAGAGAGA